UGUGACGUCAGCAGUGACGCAAUUACUUCCGGUCUAACUUCACUGUGAACAUUACAACUGCGAAGUUUUACAUUUCGAAGUUAACUCUGGUUAAAUGCAAAUUGAUUAGGUGAUUUUUGACUAGGUGAAUUAUACAAGUGCUAAAGAGUUUCAACUGUCAAUUUAUUUUUUGGGCAUUCGUCUGUCAACGUCGCAGCUAGCAAGUAGCAACCGGUUAGCUUGGGUUAAUUUUAACAACAGUUAGCCCUGAAGAGCUACAAACAACUAGCUAACACAAUGGUUAGCCAACGGACUUCGACGCUUCUGCUUGCCUUCGUCUGUCUGCUGUCUUCGGCUGGAACAACAUGGGGACAUGGACACGGGAUGGGUGUCAUCAAAGUGGUCGCUGAAGAAGGGAAUGACGCCAUCUUACCCUGUUCUCCUAGUACCAAGGAGAACAUUGAGUCAAAGCUGUUUGACUGGAAGAAAGAUGGUCAGAUGGAGGUGUUCAUGUACGAUGCAGGGAUUCAUUACAAUAAUGACCUUUCAGGUCAGGAUGAGCAGUUCAGCGGACGGAUCUCACAUUUUCAAGAACAACUGAAGUAUGGCAAUGCUUCCAUAAUUAUCCGAAACACAACGAUGGCCGACAGCGGAGACUACACCUGUGCUUUUCCACAUCUUAAACCAGGAGGAGAAAUAUACAACAUUCAGCUUGUUGUUCAACUUACCUUCAAAGACCGAGCAUCGGUAAUCCGAGGUGCGUCUCCAAAGCCGUAUGUCUCCAUCUAUGACGUCACUGACGACGGGGUGCAGCUGAAGUGUGAGGUUCAGGGAGCUUUUCCAGAGCCGACGCUGCAGUGGCAGGACAGUGAUGGAAAGGUCCUUCCUGCUGAGGAGCCACAGGUGUCAGAGAGAGCAGGCCGCUACAGCAUCACCCUCCAAACUACUGUGACCUCGACCACGACCAACCGCUUCCACUGUGUCGCCAAGCAGGACAACAUCGGCCAUGUUGUUAAUGCUGAGAUCAUUGUGCCAAAGAAACUCUUUGAAGACCAGUAUACCAGUGGGUUCAUAGUUGGAUGGUUUUCUGGAGUUCUAACUGUUGCUGCACCUCUAGCUGUAUUUCUACUCGUGAAGUACAUUCUAAAUCUUAGGAAGAAAGGUGCUGAUCAGCAGAGUUCUUCCUCCAGUUCCUCAGCGGAACCACUGAAAUCAAAUCAUUCAAAUCAUGUUUGUUAGCUUCACCAUGGGUGGAAGGAAUACUCUGAGAAAUUUACUCAAGUUGAAGUAAACAUGCACGCAGAUAAAAGUACUGGUACCGAUAAAAAGUACACGUACUGAAAGAAGUACUCUUGGGAUAAAAAAAAAUGUACUGAAAAAAAGUACUUGCCGAGAAGAAAGUAUUCUCGAGAUAAAUGUACUGAAAAAAAGUACUCUCGCGAUAAACGUGCUGAGAUGAAAGUACUCUCGAGAUGAACGUGCCGAGAUGAAAGUACUCUCAAGAUAAACGUACUGAGAAGAAAGUACACUCGCGUUAAACGUGCCGAGAUGUACUCGCGAGAUAAACGUGCCGAGAAGAAAAUACUCUCGCGAUAAACGUGCUGAGAUGAAAGUACACUCGAGAUAAACGUGCCGAGAUGAAAGUACACUCGAGAUAAACGUGCCGAGAAAGUACACUCGAGAUAAACGUGCCGAGAUGAAAGUACACCCGAGAUAAACGUGCCGAGCUGAAAGUACACUCGCGAUAAACGUGCCGAGAAGAAAGUACACUCGAGAUAAACGUGCCGAGCUGAAAGUACACUCGCGAUAAACGUGCCGAGAUGAAAGUACUCUCGAGAUGAACGUGCCGAGAUGAAAGUACACUCGAGAUAAACGUGCCGAGCUGACAGUACACUCGAGAUAAACGUGUCGAGAAAGUACACUCGAGAUAAACGUGCCGAGAAAGUACACUCGAGAUAAACGUGCCGAGCUGAAAGUACACUCGAGAUAAACGUGCCGAGAUGAAAGUACACUCGAGAUAAACGUGCCGAGAUGAAAGUACACUCGGGAUAAACGUGCCGAGCUGAAAGUACACUCGAGAUAAACGUACUGAGAAAAAAAGUACUCUCGAGAUAAACGUGCCGAGAAGAAAGUACUCUCGAGAUAAACGUACUGAGAAAAAAAGUACUCUCGAGAUAAACGUGCCGAGAUGAAAGUACUCUCGAGAUAAACGUACUGAGAAAAAAAGUACUCUCGAGAUAAACGUGCCGAAAAGAAAGUACUCUCGAGAUAAACGUGCCGAGAUGAAAGUACUUUUGCGUUAAAUGUACUGAAAAAAAUACUUGAGAUAAACGUACUGAAAAGAAAGUACUCUUAAGAUAAAUGUGCAAGUGUUAAAGUAAAAGUGCUGAAAUGUGACUUAAGUUGAAGAUGUCUCAGAUAAAAGUACAGUAAGUUAGUUAAAAUGUACUUGGUGUAAACGUUGCUGUGUUACAUCUUGAAAAUGCCUGAGAAGCAGGAUCAUGGGGCAGUAGCAGGUUUGCAGACCCUGGUGCGCCGCAGGCAGAAAUAGUAAUCUACAGGAGGACAGAGAUGAGAGAAGCCAGGUUAGUGACACGUAUUAGUAGGAUAAGAUCGGGCUGCCACUGACGCCUAUUUUUCUAUCGAUUAAUCGAUUAAGUAGUUUACCAAUUAGUCGAAUGAAGUCAUCCUUCACAUUUUUGUGACUGAUCUCACUGUGCGCAUAAAAAAUAACAAAAUAAUACUAGUUAAAACUUACAGUGAAGGGAUUUGCGCCUCCUCCCAAAGUCAGUCACUAACCAGCUGUAGGGAUGAGUAUUGUUAGAAUUUUAUCUUUAUCUUAUCAAUAUCCUUAUUGAUCCGGCUCAGACUAUUACUGGUUCUUUCUCUUUACUAAAGAAUUGGGUUUCUUUUGUUUUUUUAUUGUCAUUUGUUUAAAAGAAUAAAUUAAUGUCAGGAUUAGAAUCAAUUUAUAUUUUAAGUAAAACUAAAUACUAAUUUCUAUCAGCAACAGUAACGUUCACUAUAAACUCAAUAACUUCGAGCUGGAAACACAUCUUAAAUGUCAGUAAAAUAAAUAUCUGACAUGAACAUACUGAAUGAGGUUUAGACAGAAUGAGGAACACAUACCUCAAUCAGUCCUCGUCUUCUCUGGUAGAGAGAGAGGAGGUUCGUCUGUCUCACUUUGUUAUGAAUCUUAAAAAGUUGUUGAACAGGUGAUUUGAUAAAUUGCUUACUGGCCUUUUACUUGUUAUUGCACUUAAAGAGACAUAAAGUACAGUAGAAGAUAUCGUCAACUUGAGUAAUAUUCAGAUUGUAUUUGUUAAAAUGGAGACUGGAGUUGUUAUCUCCAUCCUUUCUUGUCACCUUACCACCUAAUUGAAGCUAAUCAAUAGAAAAUAAGCCAUUUUAAUCAUGUUGAUGUUUGUAUCCAAACUUCUGAAUAAAACAAAUGUGCUUCUUUG